CAUGCGGACGUAGAGAGCGGUAGUAGGGAAAGUGCGACGAUUUCAAAUUAGUUACCGUCAAGACGUCUCAUCCUCGUUGAGAAUAGGAUAACGAAACCAAAAAUCUGCUUUGUUGAUUUAAUUUUGAAGUACGAAAUGAAUCGUCUAAUGCUAUUGUUUUUUAUAUCUUGUUCAUUUUUUGUUUACAGUGGCGCCGUUUUCAGAAUUCCCCUAAAGAAAACGCGUACUCUGCGCCGUCAGCUUUGCGACAAUGGCAUGUCCAUCGAGCAGCUCCGCUCCAGGGCGGAGUCGAUGCAGAAGAAUGCAGAGAACGACCUCGCAGCGCUCGAAAUUGCAUCCACCACUACCGCUACCCCUGCCCCAAACAAAACGUUUCCCGUGGAGAGACUGACCAACUUCAUGGAUGCUCAGUACUAUGGAGCAAUCAGCAUCGGCACCCCUCCCCAGGAGUUCUCUGUGCUGUUUGAUACAGGCUCCUCCAACCUGUGGGUGCCCUCUAUCCACUGUUCCUUCCUGGACAUCGCUUGCUGGCUCCACCGUCGCUAUAACUCCAAGAAGUCCAGCACCUACGUGAAGAACGGCACCAGUUUCUCCAUUCAGUACGGCAGGGGGAGUCUGUCAGGCUUCAUUAGCCAAGACACAGUUACAGUGGCAGACUUAGCAGUGCAGGGCCAGCAGUUCGGGGAAGCUGUGAAGCAGCCCGGCAUCACAUUUGCGGUGGCGCGUUUCGACGGCGUGUUGGGCAUGGGGUACCCCGCCAUCUCCGUCGCGCAGGUCACCCCGGUGUUCGACAAAAUCAUGGCGGCCAAGCUGCUGCCCCAGAACAUCUUCUCCUUCUACAUCAACAGGGAUCCUACUGCCCCCGUGGGAGGUGAGCUGAUGCUGGGGGGGACCGAUAAGCAGUACUACGAGGGAGAGCUGCACUACGUGAAUGUCACCCGCAAAGCCUACUGGCAGGUUAAAAUGGAGGGGGUCGCCGUGGGGAACCAGCUAACACUCUGCAAGGGUGGUUGCCAGGCGAUAGUUGACACAGGAACCUCCCUCAUCACAGGGCCUGCCGAGGAAGUCAGAGCUUUGCAGAAGGCCAUUGGAGCAUUGCCGCUACUGAUGGGGGAGGCUUUUAUUGACUGCAAAAAGAUCCCAUCUCUCCCAGUCAUCUCACUCAAUCUGGGAGGGAAGCAGUUCAAUCUGACUGGAGAGGACUACGUUGUGAAGGAAUCUCAGCUGGGGGUGUCAAUUUGCCUGUCUGGUUUCAUGGGCUUGGACGUCCCCCCCCCAGCCGGGCCCCUGUGGAUUCUGGGAGACGUCUUCAUCGGGCGCUACUACACUGUGUUUGACAGGGAUGCCGACCGGGUGGGUUUCGCACCAGCCAAGUAAGAGAGAGAGAGAGAAAGAGAGAGGUUGAUUGAUAGACAUGCCACAAAAAAGAAGGGGGAAGAUUCAGAAUCACUGUCCACGAGAAAAGGGAAGAGCCAGGUUUUCCUUAUGCUCCUCUUAAAUCAGCUUCACUGUGUGCCCAUGUGUAUUGCUGCUUGCUUAGAGCUUUCAAACAGUACAAGCUCAUUCAGGGAAUAAAACAACCUGAUUGCACUGAAUUACACUAUGCAAGUUGUGUAUUUAAGAAACAUUUAAGCUACUGCUGUCUGCUGUUUGAGGAUUGAAUGUAAGUGUAAAAUUGCAGAAUAUCCUGACAAAGCUUCUGUUAUCGAAAGAGGAACAAACUAUGAACAGCCAAACGUGAUUGACUGUUAAAAAUUCAGCGAUUUUUGGGAAGUGGUGUCCAAGGUCAUGUUUUUUUUUUUUUUUAACUUGAGCAAUUUUCUACCUUGUGUAACAGUUAUGUUUAAGCUUUGUAGCUUUAAAAAUGUGUGGGUGAAGACAAUUUAUCUAAAGUGAAAUGAUAAUGUAAUUAAAUUUACCGGGAAGAAUAAUCGGUGGAACAGUCACACGAGGCUGACACUUUAAAUUUAACUGGACAAACCUGUAAAUUGAGCUUGAUUCUGGAAAAUGCAUCAAGAUUACAAAUGCCUUUCUGAUUGUGCUUUCUGAUAUAAAAUAUCACUGUGCAUCUUGCUGGAAAUGCCAUCAUAGGAAGGCACUUCCACUCUGGCUGAUUCCAGAGUACACAAACCUUUUGUUUUCUACACAU